GAAAUGGAAGUGUUUCAAACAGAUAAUUAUUACAUUUUUGUAAAACGAGAGAAAAGUCUUUGGUGGAAUAGGACAACAUCGGAAUUUGCCAUUAAAGCUGGAUGGGAUCUCUCUUCCGUGGACGAUAUUGAAUGCAUUGGCAUUACACAUGGCAUUGUCGGCGUUAUAUCCCUACCCAAUGUCUAUGAACCGCAUCUUGUGAUAAUUAAGGAGGCUACACCGGUCGGUGUACUUUAUCCACCACAUUUAGUGUAUAAAAUUAAGUCAAUAUGUAUUUUAAGUGCUGAUGAUCCGGACACUAGCCUUACACCAUGUACACGUCAUUCACGAAGUUCCAAUACAACACCAACACAUUCAAGAAAUUCCUCAACAUCAUCGACGUCGAUAGCGAAUGCUAAUAAUGCGAAUGCCAAUUCGGCAACAUCAACGUCGUCGUCACGUACGAAGUUAUUCGAAGGCAAUCAGUUGAUGAACAAAACAUGGGGUGCUGUGAAAAGUGCUGGUACAACUAUAAAGAAUACUACACAGCAAGCGGCGGCCCUGGCCUCAAAUCAAGUUAAGUCAUCGGUGGGUAUACGCGAUCCAUCGAGAAUUGAGAAGCGAAUUACGGAGGAGCUGCACAAGGUAUUCGAUGAUACGGAUAGUUUUUAUUUCUGCUUCGAACAUGAUAUUACAAAUAAUUUGCAACGCCAUCUGCCGACGGGCUCUACAGAUCAGCAGACACCGGAUGAGAGGUUCUUUUGGAAUAUGCAUAUGUUGGAGGCUAUAAUGAAAUUGAAUGACAAAACCUGGAUAUUGCCCAUAAUUCAGGGCUUUGUCCAAGUGGAAACAUGUGUCAUUGGUAAUGAGUGCUUCAAUUUGGCUUUGGUUUCACGACGGUCACGACAUCGUGCCGGGACCCGUUACAAACGACGUGGUGUCGAUGAAAACGGCAAUUGUGCAAAUUAUGUGGAGACCGAACAAAUACUCACUUUCCGUCAUCAUCAAUUGGCGUUUACUCAAGUUCGCGGUUCGGUACCGAUUUAUUGGUCUCAACCGGGCUAUAAAUAUCGACCUCCACCCCGCCUAGAUAGAGGUGAACAAGAGACCCAGGAAGCUUUUGAAAUACAUUUCAACAAAGAACUCAAUAUCUAUGAGGGUGUUUGUAUUGUAAAUUUGGUCGAACAAAGUGGCAAAGAGAAGCUGAUCGGCGAUGCCUAUGCCAAACAUGUUUUGAAAUAUAACAACGAUCGUAUUGUUUAUAUAACAUUUGAUUUUCACGACUAUUGUCGUGGUAUGCGUUUUGAAAAUGUCUCGGCGUUGGUAGAGGCUUUAGCACCGGAGGCCGGUGCCAUGGGUUUUCAUUGGCGUGAUCAACGUGGUGUUAUAUGCAAUCAAAAAUCAGUGUUUCGUGUCAACUGUAUGGAUUGUUUGGAUCGUACAAAUGUGGUGCAGACCGCUUUGGGUAAAGCAGUAUUAGAAUCGCAAUUAGUUAAAUUGGGUAUGGCUCCGCCAUAUACACCCAUACCGGAGGCUUUGAAAUCACCAUUUAUGGUGUUGUGGGCCAACAAUGGUGAUAUUAUCAGUCGGCAAUAUGCUGGCACCAAUGCUUUGAAGGGUGAUUACACACGCACAGGUGAACGCAAAAUCAGCGGCAUGAUGAAAGAUGGCAUGAAUUCAGCUAAUCGUUUUUUCAUACAAAAUUUUGCCGAUACAUUUCGUCAGUGCAUUAUUGAUUUAAUGCAGGGCCAAUUGAAUGAUGCCCAACAAUUGAGAGAGGACGAAGUUUUGACAACAAUACUACAAAUUUUAUGUCCCUCUGUGCCGGCACCAACAAGGGGCUAUUAUUAUGCUGGGGUUUUACAACCGGAAUUGCAAUUAUUGGAAAAUGUUAUUUACACAAGCUAUUACUUGGCACGUUUUAAGGACAGCUAUCGUCAAGCCACCAUCGAUUUAAUGUUGGGCAAUCCUGUCACCGCAGAAUCUUUAAACGCAUUGGGGG